GGGUGUUUUUUAGACAUACAAACAGUACGAACAUGGUGGACAAAAAUGACAAACUAUACCGACAAUCCAUACGAACUGAAAAAACACCCGCGUUGACUUUGGAGGCUCCAUCCCUAUAUAGAGGGGCUCCUUCCCAAAGUCAACCCGGGUGUUUUUUAUACAUAAAAAACAUUACAAACAUGGUUGACAAAAAUGAUAAACACGGUACACAAAAAUAACAAAGUUUACAAACAUUACAAAAAAAAACCGACAAACAUUACUAAAUAACAAAGCGUACAAACAUUACAAAAAAACCCGACAAACAUUACAAAAUAACAAAGCGUACAAACAUUACAAAAUAAACCGACAAACAAUACAAAGCAUACUAACAGUACAAAAUCUCUCUCUCUCUCUCUCUGGACUGGGAAUAAUGGCGCCGAGGGGGAUGGGAAUAAUGGUGGCGCCCAUUCUUUAAAUUUCUGGAGGCGGCGUGCGGCGAGGCUGCGCGGGGAGGAAGCCGUUUUUUUUUAUUUCUUUUAUAAUUAAAAAUUAAAAAUAAACAUGGAAUUACUACAUUACCCUUCAUUAAAUUGGACUAAUAGGAGCCCUUGGAUUUUAAUGAGGUAGAGUGGCUGAGAUUCACUUAGCCAUGUGACUAAGGGGACCCCCCUUAGUCACCUGAUCCUAGCCCGUCUUCUAGUGUAUGUCGUUUAGGGGUGGGCAUCCAGUUCGGUAAAUUCGAACCGAACCGAGCCGAAUCGAAUUCAAACCGAACCAAAAUCGAAAUAAUCUUAUUCGGUUCGGAAUUCGGAAGAGGAAUACGAAUAAUUCGGAAACCAGGGUCUUAUCGACCGAAAGAAUUUUCGAAUCCCGAAGUGACAAACCGAAUAACUACUCUACCCACAAAUAUCAGUCUUCACCCAUAGGCCCAAAACUCUUCCUCUCUCCUCUCACCCCUCAGCCCGCCUGUCCCUAAACUUCAACCCAUAUCUAACCCUAAAAGCCCAGCUAAGCUUCCAAACCUAAGCCCAAACCUCUUCCCCUCACACUCACAACCCACCCAAAAGCUCCUAAUCAUAUUUGCUAACCUAAAAGAAGAAACAGAGGAAACCCCUCGUCCCCUCCCCUUCCUCCUUGGUGGCUCCGCCUCCUCCCAACUCACACCAACGGAGCGACGACGGAGUGAAGCCCACCCCUAUCACCUCCACUCUGCAUCUUUCGAUCUCUGCUUCUCUCAAAUCACCAACAGAGUGAUUUAUGCUUCUCUUCUAGCAAACAAGGCCAAACCAAUCCUCCUCCCCUCUUUUUGUCAACAGAAACGAGCAAGAGAAAGUUAAGAACUACUCCGACCUCCACAUGCAGGUGGCGGGGAGGGGAAGGGUCGCGGUGGGAGAGGGCGACCCGGCGGCGGAGGAAGCUGAUUGCAACCCGACGGCGGAGAGAGUGGAGUUUGGUCGGCGACUGAAGGAGCGGAGUUGUGCGACGGCGAUGUUGGUGCUUCCUCUACGGAGGCGGUUUCUCAUGGCGGCGUUGCUUCGUGGUUGUUGCUGCUAUCGGAGAGGGGAGAAGGAAAAGAAGGAGGUGAGAUUCGGCUAUCGCCGGUCGCGGCAGCUGGGUUGUGCUCGCCGUCGCCGGUCGCCGCCUCGUUAGUUGAUUGGAGGGAGAGAGGGGAAGAGAGGGGAAGGGAGUAUUUGUCUAUUUGAGGUUAGGGAGAAGAGAGAAGAAAGGGUAAAAAAAGCCCCAUCCGUUUUUCCCAGCAGCAAGAGCCAAAACACAGGAGCCAGAAGGCAAAAUGCACAUAGCUGGCAAUUUCGGUUUUGUGGGGGAAAACCGAGCCGAAUCGAGUUAUAUUUCGGUUCGGCCAAACCGAGCCAAAAUAUAAUUCGGUUCGAAUUCGGUUUGUCUUGCGGCUGGGAUUAGGACCCCGGUAGUUGUCUGUUCGGUUCGGUUUGAAUCGAAUCGACCGAAUGCCCACCCCUAAUGUCGUCAAUAGAACAAAUCAUGCCCGGGAAGCCACAUUGUGUAGCAUGAUCAAGGAGGCAACGAGUAUCUUCCACUGUUGAUGCACGCAAGUACUAAGCACCAUAAAUGUUGAUGUAGCUGAUUGCAACCCGACGGCGGAGAGAGUGGAGUUUGGUCGGCGAUUGAUGGACUGGAGUUGUGCGAUGGUGAUGUUGAUGCUUCCUCUACGACGUUGCUUUCUCAUGGCGGCGUUGCUUCGUGGUUGAUGCUGCUAUCGGAGAGGGGAGAAGGAAGAGAAGGAGGUGGGAUUGGGCUAUCGCCGACCGCGACAGCUGGGUUGUUCUCGCCGUCGCCGCCGCCUCGUUAGUUGAUUGGAGGGAGAGAGGGGAAGAGAGAGGGGAAGGGAGUAUUUGUCUAUUUGAGGUUAGGGAGAAGAGAGAAGAUAGGGUAAUAAAAAGCCCCAUCCGUUUUUCCCAGCAACAAGAGCCAAAACACAGGAGCCAGAAGGCAAAACACACAUAGCUGGCAAUUUCGGUUUUGUGGGGGAAAACCGAGCCGAACCGAGUUAUAUUUCGGUUUGGCCAAACCGAGUCAAAAUAUAAUUAGGUUCGAAUU